GUCCAUGGUCCAACAAGCUAGCAUAGGUUGUGCACAACAUUUACAGUGCCAUUCUGCAAAUAUUAGAUUUAUUUUUCUCAAUUGAAAACAACGGUAUUGAAGAUGAGUUUGCGACCAUGGAUCACAGCAAUUCUCACAGUCGGAGUUAUGUCUGAAGUGGUUUAUUUCUUGUACAGAAAGAAGGUGCACCAGAAACGUUGGCGCCAUGUUUUUGCGUCGUCUGCUUCAGAAGCAGAGACAUCAGUCACUACAGCGGAAGUUACAGUUCAGAGCCGGAGCUUUCACAAAGUUUUGUUUUUCCCGGAUCCACAACGAAUCUGUGCGGAUCAUUUCUUGUCUGAAAGGGGCUGCCAUCGGCCAAAGUGUCCCUUCUCCCAUAAAGAAACCAACUUUAGUCGGAUGAUUUCGUAUCUGUUGCUGGCAAAAGAAACACUUGAUGUAUGCAUGUACACAAUAUCAAACAAUGAUCUGGCUGACAUUGUUAUCAAACUUCAUGAAAGAGGUGUGUUGGUUAGAAUAAUCACAGAUGACGAAGCGGUGAAUUUGUCUGGGAAUUAUAUCGGAAAAUUCAGAAGAAGUGGUAUUCAAGUACGACGAGAUUAUUCCAGCUAUUUAAUGCAUCACAAGUUUGUCAUUGUUGACAAGACGACCCUCCUCAAUGGUUCCUUCAAUUGGACGUGCCUAGCAGUUAACAGUAACAACGAGAACGUUCUGAUCACAAACAAUCCUGAGAUCGUUCAACCUUACUGUGCAGAGUACGAGAAACUUUGGGAAAUGUUUGACCCCGCAAAGAGACAGUUGAAAGAAUAACAAGCGUCACAAGCUACCUAAAGAACUUUCACAAGAUUGAAAAGUGCCCUUACCGAGUUCAAAAGAAAUCUGUUACCGAGUGGCACAUACACUGCACUGUCCAUUGUUUGACCUUAGCAAUGGCAGCCCAUGUUAUGGGUCAAUUUACCCAAUGCAUCCCGAUGUCAUCAACAUUUUGGUUGCACCAUUUUGGUAUUCAUUGUACAUUCACGUUAUUCAGUGUAGUCUGCAUCUAAGGCAAUGCUGCCUUACACAACAAAAGCCUGGUUCAUACUUCCUGCGAACAGUGUCCCUAUUCUACAGGGUUCCGGUUGCACGUUUAAACAGCUACCUGAGCGGAAUGUUUUUAACGGAAAUGGUAUUUUAACUUGUUUAUAAUGCACUUG